AUGAAAAAAAUCUUAUUUAUAACAUUACUAAUAUAAUUAUUAAUCCAAACUUAUUAAUACCAACCCAUAAUAGGAAUAUUAACCUAACCUUCUAACGACCUAAACUCGACCUAAUACCCUCCUUCAAAAUACCAAUACAUAUCUUCAUCUUAUGUAAAAUGGAUAGAAGCUAGUGGUGGUCGACCCAUAGCAAUUCCAUAUGAUAUAUCUGAUUAAGAAAUAGACUUUUACCUUUCGAAAAUAAACGGGAUAGUAUUUCCCGGCGGCAAUGCUUCUUUAUGGGAAUAUGAACCUUCAGCAACUGGUUUUGCGAAUAUGACAAUAACUGGUACAAAGAUAUUAAAAAAAGUAAUAUAAAUGAAUUAAAAUGGGACAUUUUUUCCUCUUUUAGGGACUUGUUUAGGCUACGAAUUAAUUGUAUUGGGUUUAACUGGCAAUGAAAAAGUUUUAGAUCAUUUAAAUUCUACAAACCAUGUUUUAAAUACUCAUGUUUUUUUGAAUAUUUCUAGUGUAUAUUCUUAAUUUUAGCCUUCUAGUAUUGAUUAUAUUUAAAAGGGAAAGGCUCUUUUUUAUAAUCAUAGAUAUGGAUUAUCUUUAAAGACAUUUUUUGGGAAUAAAAUAUUAAGUGAAUUUUUUAAUUUAAGUGCAUUUUCAACAGAUAGUAAUGGCGUGAAAUUUGUUUCUAGUUUAGAAGGAAAAGAUUUUCCUGUUUUUGUAAAUUAAUUCCAUCCGGAAAAAAACUCGUACGAAUGGCUUGAAAGUGUUCAUGCAAAUCAUUCAAAAGAAGCCGUUUUGGUUGGGUAAGAAUUCGGGAAUUGGUUUGUAGGGUUAGCAAGGCAAAAUGGGAACGUUUUUGGGGAAAAAGAGGUUGUUUAGAAUGAAGUUGCAUAUUGA